GACAAGGAGUCAUCUCCUGCUAGUAAAGCAGUAUCUGUGAAGAGACGGUGUUGAUCUGGCAAGAACGAGUGCUGAGAAUCUCCGCCCCCAAGGUGUCCAAAUAAAAUCAUUGUGAGCCAAUUGCAAUCUCUCUAUCUCCACGUCGAAAAAGUUGUAUUAUAAUCUUCAUCUUUACUCCUUCUCCUGAUCAUGGUGUCAUCACAUCAACACCUCAAAUUGACAAUUCAUCUUCUAAAUCUCAUCUACAUGAUAGGCCGUGCUGUCCUUCUGAAGGUGUUGCUCGACACACACAUCACCAACCCCUCUCCUCAACAAAUUCCUUCUGUCCUCGACAUUUUGAAAUAGAGCCAACUAUCUUUCGCUUCCAGUUGAUGCUGUAGCCUACUCCAUGAUAGUGAUUAAGUAGCGAACUACAGCAUGAACAGCAGUUCAAGGUCUACUUGGUUCUUUGAAAAUUCAUCUCAAAUCCUCAACGAAAACAUAGCAACAGCUGCUACGGGAACUUUUGAUUCUACUGGUUGUACGAGUCGUGUGCUCGGGGUCGAUUCAUUUUGUAGAAAUAUUCUUCUAGUACUAGACUAGAAAUAGAAUUUGACUGAUCACCGUCUAGUCCUUUCACGUCACAUAUUCUUCUAGUAUUUAAAAAUUCACUGUGGAGGUAGAUGUAGUUGUAGUGGUGGUUACACACAUGACAUCGUCGACAGUACACCACGGUCUCCAUCAUCCACCUUCUUCUUCACGUAGAGACACAUCACAUACAUAGUAGUUGUAGAGUAUCUUCAUCAAAGAGAGCAAGUAGCUCAACAUAUUAUCGAAGUGGUUCUUAAAGAGGACUGAGGACAACUGAGAACUAGAGGACCUUAUAAAUCAUAGUCUUCUUUUAAAAACCUAGGAGUAUCCUAGAGGACCUAAUAUUAAAUCAUAGUCUUCUUUUAAAAAACUAGGAGUAUACAAAAUGCCGGAAGACCCUCAUCCCGACCAGGCCAAGUUGCCUCCCGGGUUUGUCGUUGUGCCUUCGCAGUCACGACCGGGCCAGGUGUCUUACCUGCAUACUGCGAGUGGGAAGAAGUAUAUGACGAUUCAACAAUGCUGGGACGUGCAUCAAGGAAACGCAGGGGGCGGAGCCAGGAGUUUCAAAAUGGGUGCCUCGAUGAAGAAUAAAGGGAAGGGGGACGACGCGUACGCACCAACACAAGAACAAUUGAAGAACAUACAGACGGUAACAAGGCCUAUUUUUCUUGAACCAACUUACUUACUAGAUGAGAAGAACAGUCCUUGAAGAAGAGCAUAGGCAUACUUUUUUUUACAGACGGUAAGAUCCUCUUACACUUGAAGUAGAGUAUACAGACGGUAAGUAGUAUCUUUAAGACAAUUGAAGUAGAAGAAUAUACAGAGACGGUAAGGGUAUUAACUAAGGAUGUUGUGUUUGUGUUUCCUCAUCUGUUUUCCUUUAUAAUACAUAGACGGUAAGAAAGAAUCUUUAAGUUUGUGCAGGACCCAAGCUUGAGCAUCACUCCAAGCCGUGAGCUGCUUUAUGAUCUGUUGCAGGACUGAACAACAACACGACCCUUCUCCAGAUCCUUUCCAACAACGAGGAGACCGCGAAAGCAGCCAAGGUGUGGUUCAAGAAGUACUCAAAGGACCCAUCCGGAGCGCUGGUGAUGGCCGAGUUAAGAGUUCUCAUAGAGAACCUCAAUACGGACAUAGGUUUGCCGCCUCUGAACGACGAACGACUACUAGAGGCAUUGAUGAAGAAAUUCGAUACCAAUAAAAACGGCUCGUUGGAAUUCACGGAAUUCUUGUGUCUGUACGCAGCGAUCCUCAGAAGAGUGCGGGAUAAGUACUUACAACUUCUGAACUUCUAACUGAUUUUUAAAUGUACUUAGUCUUUGUUCAUGUUUGUUUUCCCUCAUUUUUAUUCCUCAAUGAGAAAUCCGAUUACUCAAAUCUAUAUCGUCAGUCGUGUGAUAUAAAUACAACAUGUGAUGCUUGAUGCCCUUCCUUCUAGCACGAUUAGGUUUAAGAAGUCAAGUGGUCGCGUUUCUCACUUCUAAGCAUGGACUACAUGAUGCACGACUAUAUCAGGCUUACACGACUGGCUUACCUAGUAGUCUCGCCACACCUGGAUUAUAUCAGGCUUACACGACUGGCUUACCCAGUUGUAGUCUGGCCACACCUGGAUUGUUAUUGAUAUACAUAGUAUCAUCUUCUCCCACUCCCUGAAAAAUGUGAAACAGGUACAUCAAAGCUGGCAUAAGGCGUGACUUUUUCAUCGACAAGAACCGCUCGGGCAAGCCAGAAGAUUUUUAUAAGACUCAGAAGAAACUUGGUGAGGGUUCCUUUGGCCUGGUGUAUUUGGUCCAAGAUUUGGCGAGUAAGCAAGAACGAGUGCUCAAGGUGGUGAACAAAGCCAAAAGCGCCAUGCCGCCCGAGGAAUUACAGUUGGAGAUUGACACUCUGAAGUCCUUGGAUCACCCGCACAUCAUUAGGUUGUUCGAGUAUUUCGAGGACUAUAACAACAUCUACAUUGUUAUGGAGACGGCGAAGGGAGGCGAGCUUUUGGACGUGAUCGAAAGCAAUUAUAAGGCAGGGUAUUUCAUUUACUCCUUCCGACUAGCUGAAGCAAUCUUCUAGUUCUAUCCAGGACGAUAUCGACUAGAAGAUGUAGUACACCUACAAUCUUCUAGUUCUAUCCAGGACUUUGAGCAUCUUUCUCCUGAUUCAGAUUCAGCACCUCCAUCUUCACAUGCAUGCUAGAAGACGAGUUUACUAAUCUUCGUCCUAGUGCAAUUACAGUGUGUGGACGAAUUGAUCAACGUGAUUGUUAUGUAUUUUAGCAUAAUGCUAAUGAAUCUUAUCGUGGCGAAUACGUAGGUAGUGGUCAUAAAGACAAUAGCACAAUCUCGCCACCCACUGACCAAACUCAGCUAUCGCCUCAACGAACAGUGGAUUUCUGUCGUGUACACCCAAGUCCUGAAUGCUAUAUCGUAUGUGCAUUCUAGAGGGAUUAUGCACAAGGACUUAAAAGCGGAGAAUAUCAUGCUUCUAGACGACGGCAAUAGUGCAACGACACCUCACGCAGUCGUUAUCGAUCUCGGAUUGGCAGAAAUGUUCGAUAAGACGACAGGUAUUUACGCAACUACCAUCAAAUUUGAUUUUAAGACGCUUAUUUUACAGUGACCAAUAUUAAAUUUAGAGACUCAACCUCGAUUCAUACCUGCUUCCCCCCCCCCAAUUUUUUAUCCCCCAAACUACCUGUCUACGCAACUACCAUCAAAUUUGUAACGCUCAUUUUAGUCUAAUAUUGAAGACCUGCUUCCUCCCCCAAACUUUUAUAAUCUUCCCCCAAACUACUAGUACUACCUACACACUACGACUACUACACUUGAAUAGGUAAAAGCAAGAACAUUGCUGGUACGCCAGUGACGAUGGCACCAGAGGUAUGGAACCAAAAUUUUGGGCCCAAGUGCGAUGUGUGGUCACUAGGUGUGGUCCUUUGGCAGCUGCUGAGCGGCAAACUGCCUUUCAUUGCCAGAUCCUGUAAAAGAAAAGACUGGCUAGCAGUCCUGACGCAACCACCAAACUGGAAACGAGUGGAUCACGCAAGUGCACCAGCGAAACAGCUGUUGAAGUUAUGGAGGAACAACUCGAUGCAGAUUUUCAUCUGUCCUAUAUUUUUUUGUUGUAGUUUUUUCUUUUUUCAUCAUCUACAACUCGACGUCUAGUCAUACUCCUAGAGCGAAGUAGAAGUUGUGCUCCUUACUGGCUAUCUAGUCUUGCUGGCACCUCCAAAAUUGUUUUUGAGUUUCAUUAUUUCUCAAUUUGUGGGUAACUAUAUAUCUCUACAACUAGCUACUUUCUUGUUGUCCUUACGGGUUGAUGACACCUCCAAAAUUGUUUUUGAGUUUCAUUAUUUCUCAAUUUGUGGGUAACUAUAUAUCUCUACUAGCUAGCCACUUUCUUGUUGUCCUAUUUCUCUAAUGCGUUCCAUGUUGACCGUGGACGACAAUGUGCGACCGAGUUGCUCCGACUGCCUCCGAUUUGAGUGGUUCGAGCAUGCGCCUGGAAUGAAGGACGUGCAUCUCGGUGAAGAUGCAAUGCAUGAGCUGAUGAAGUACCACGAAAGAAGCGACUUGGAGAAAGUCGUCAGAAUGCAAGUCGCGUCGCAGUUGAGUGCCAACAAAUUACCAAAGCUGAACGCGAUAUUCAAGAAGUACGAUACAGAUAACAACGGAACUCUGAGCAUAGACGAAUUAGUUGGCGCACUGCAGGAAUUAGGGGUGGAGCCAAGUGUAUGCAAAAGGGCGGCGGAAGGUGCAGCCACUAGCUACUUAGUUUAUUUUUACUUCUUGGUGUGAACAAUUAUGCUACCUCUUCUACCUCUACCUCAACAAUUAUGCUACCUACUAAAGCAACUUAGUUUUACUUCUUUGCUACGGCUUCUACCUACUAAAUAGGCGGACAGCACUUGUUCCACUACUCCUACUACAGAUCGUACCACAAGAACCGCGUUAAUCCCAAUCUCCUCCACAUCACAACAGCUCUCGACUUGGACAACAGCGGCUACGUGGAAUAUACGGAGUUCGUGGCAGGAUGCCUUAGCUUUUUUGAUAACCAGCUAGACCAGAUGCUCUUAAGGGUAGGUUAAAGGUGCUUUUCUUACCGCUUUUUAUGCCUCUCCUAAGGGAGAAAGGCAUAAAAAGCGGGGUAAGCAAGCACCAAAAACCUACCUCUAAUGCUCUGGAAAGCCUUCCAGCAAAUCGAUAAGGACAACUCGGGCUCCUUAACGCUGGACGAAAUUGGGGAAUUGAUGAGUACUUCCGUUGAACUAUAUCUACUUUUUCUAGUUGAGUUUGCACUUUACUACAAUCACCAAUACUAAUGGUUGUUCCUUAUCUACUUCUUCUACUUUCAUUUUUUAGACUAUGGAGUAACACAACAGGCAAAGGAACUGAUAGUCUAAAAAUUCAACUUCAACUCCAACUACAUUCAUUCUCAUCCAAAUUGAACUUCAACUCCAACAACAUGACAGGCAAAGGAACUGAGCUCGGAUUAGGCAAUGUCUCUCCGGAUGAAAGCCAGAUCAAGGCGAUGAUCAGCAAAAUGGAUUUGAACCACGAUGGCAAAGUCGACUGGGACGAAUUCAAGAGGUUUUUCACGCCGAGUUUGGAGAAGUAA